UUACAAGCAUCAAACACCAUUCCAAAGCAAACACAAAACCCAAUCUCAUCAACAGAUUCUGUUUUUGUUUCUCUCUUUUUCUAAACCAUUUUUUUUUUUUUUUUUUAAGUUUCAACAAUUCACGCGCAAAAGCAAAGCUUGAUUCUGUUCGUCUGAUAAAAGGGUCAGGAAUUAGUUCAAGAAGAAAGUAGAGAGAGAAAAUGGGGAAAGACAGGAAAGUAGGGGUGGCGAUGGAUUUCUCGAAGAGCAGCAAGAUGGCUCUGCAAUGGGCGAUUGAUAAUUUGGCUGACAAAGGUGAUACUCUCUACAUCGUACAUAUCAGCACUCACUCUCUCGACGAGUCUCGAACCCUUCUCUGGUCUAAGUCUGGUUCUCCUUUGAUUCCAUUGUCGGAGUUUCGUGAACCAGAGAUUAUGAACAAGUACCAAGUCAAAACUGACAUGGAAGUUCUUGACAUGCUCGACACUGCUUCUAGACAAAAAGAGGUAAACGUUGUUACAAAACUGUACUGGGGUGAUGCUAGAGAGAAGCUUUGUGAAGCUGUUGAAGAUCUGAAGCUGGACUCUUUGGUCAUGGGAAGCAGAGGACUUGGCCCCAUCAGAAGGAUAAUAUUGGGAAGUGUGUCAAACUAUGUGUUGACAAAUGCAGCUUGCCCAGUGACCAUAGUCAAGGACUCAGAUUUUCACAAGAACUGAUCUACAAAAUUGAAGAAUUUAUUUUCGUAUCUCUACAUACAGUAGUUUCCUUUUUCUUGCUAUAUAUGAGUUCUGUAUUUAUGGGGUUUUCCUAUGGAUGAUGAUAAUUUUAUUUUUAAGACUAAAUGGGAAUUAAUGAUCAAACACUCUGUAUUUGAGUAACACUUGUGAUUUUGGUUUGGCUAAA